UCCAGCAGCGAGGAUGUCAAAAAUAAUGCGCUCGUGUCCUCAAGAGCAGAAAGUAUAAAUAGUGGGCGCGAGCGCGGACGGAGGUAGAGCGGGAGAGAGAGCGAGCCUGACGGAGAACACGAUCCACAAACCGGAUAGGCUGAAGUCAUAUCUGUUCAUGUAUUUACAUCUGAAGAUGUUGUGCGCAUCCACGUGCGCGGUACUACUGCUCCUGAGCUGUGUGAGCACCGCGCGCGCCUCUUCCUUUGAGUCUGCGGACGUUGUUCCGGUCCGGAUCCCCGCGCGGAGCCGCGGCCGCCUGUGGAAGCGCAGCGCGGAGCCGCCGGUGUUCGCGCUGCGGGCGUUUGGGGAGGAGCUGCUCCUGAACCUGGUCCCGGACGCCAGCUUCAUGGCGCCCUCAUUCUCCAUCCGCAGAAUCCGAGCUGCGGACAGCGGCGUUCCGAACCGGACCCAGGAGACGGGUGGAUCUCUACGGGGUUGCUUUUACUCUGGGAGGGUGGGUCGGGACCGGGACUCAGUGGUGGCGGUCAGCCUGUGCUCCGGCAUCUUCGGCUCCUUCAUCACAAACGGGAAACAGUUUUUCAUCGAACCCAAACAGCUCGGUGGUCUGCCGCGGCCGGACUCCGCAGAGCGGCCGCACCUCAUCCGGAGGAGGACGAUCCGCGCGGAAACUUUUACGCACGGCGCAGGUGACGCAGGGAGCGCGCGGCGAGACAGACGCUUCGUGUCCGCGCCGCGCUUCAUAGAGACUUUGGCAGUGGCGGAUCUGAGCAUGACCCGCUUCUACGGGGAGGACAUCAAGCAUUACAUCCUCACGCUCAUGGCGGUGACAGCGCAGCUCUACAAGCACCCCAGCAUCAAAAACUCUGUGAAUGUGGUGGUGGUGCAGAUGCUGGUGGUGGAGGAUGAUGAGGUGGGGCCGCGGGUCUCCAGCAACGGCGGCAUGACUCUGCGCAACUUCUGUUCCUGGCAGCAGCUCUUCAACUCACCGAGCCAGAGAGACCCGGGACACUACGACACCGCCAUGCUGUUCACCAGAGAGGACAUCUGUGGACAGAAGGACUGCAAAACGCUCGGUGUUGCUGAUGUGGGAACGAUGUGCGAUCCCAAGAGAAGCUGUUCUGUCAUCGAGGACAACGGCCUUCAAGCUGGCUUUACCGCUGCGCACGAGCUCGGCCAUGUGUUGAGUAUGCCCCACGAUGACUCAAAGCCAUGCGAGAGGCUGUUUGGGGAUCUGGGAGGACACUACCUGAUGGCUCCUCUGUUUGUCAGCCUGAACAAAAGCGCUCCCUGGUCGCCUUGCAGUGCCCUCUACAUCACAGAGUUCUUUGACAACGGACACGGGGACUGUCUCCUGGACGUUCCGGAGAACGCCAUGCCGCUGCUGCAGGAACUGCCCGGCACCAGGUACACUCUGGACCAGCAGUGCCAGCAGAUCUUUGGAGAGGAGUUCAUCCACUGCCCCAACAGCUCGCUCAGCGAUCUCUGCAGCCAGCUGUGGUGCCAGGAGGUCGGCACGUCGCAGUGCUCCACCAAGAACGGCAGCUUGGCCUGGGCCGACGGGACGGCCUGCAGCCCCAACCGGUCGUGCCUCCACGGAGUCUGCAUGUCCACGCUGGAGGUGAUGCAGCCGCUGAUCGCCGUGGAUGGCAGCUGGAGCGCAUGGGGACCGUGGCUGCAGUGCUCCAGGACAUGUGGAGGCGGGGUGGAGUUCUCCCACAGGGAGUGCUCUGAUCCAGAGCCUCAGAACGGGGGAAAGUACUGUGAAGGACAGAGGGUUCGGUACCAGUCCUGCAACACGCUGCCGUGUGACAAUGAUAAAGGUAAAAGCUUUCGGGAAGAGCAGUGUGAGAUGUACAACAACCCCAACUACCUGGACCACAAUGGAUAUAUCAAGAAGUGGAUUCCAAAGUAUGCCGGCGUUUCCCCCAGAGACCGCUGCAAGCUGUUCUGCAGGGCACGAGGCAGUAGUGAAUUUAAAGUCUUUCAGUCCAAGGUGAUUGACGGGACGACCUGUGGCCCCGACACCACUUCGGUGUGUGUUCAGGGCCAGUGUGUGAAGGCUGGCUGUGACCAGGUGAUCGGAUCUCAGAAGAGGAUGGACAAGUGUGGCGUGUGUGGUGGAAGCGGUCUCAGCUGCAGGAAGAUCACAGGCUCCUACAACAAAGCCACCUAUGGGUACAGUGACAUCGUCACCAUUCCGUAUGGCGCCACCAACAUCGACAUUAAGCAACGCAGCCACAGGGGGCUCAAGCAUGAUGGGAACUACUUGGCUGUGAAGAGGGAGAAUGGCGAGUUCAUUCUCAACGGAAACUUCUCGGUGACGACGGUGGAGCAGGAUAUUCCUGUGCUGGGCGCAGUGCUAAAGUACAGUGGCUCCUCCACCACCCUGGAGAGGAUCCAGAGCUUCAGACAGCUGAAAGAGGCCAUCACAAUCCAAGUGCUGGCUACUGCCGGAGACGCCAACCCCCCCAAGAUCAAGUACACCUUUUUCAUCCCAAAGGAGACGAUGUUCAACAAAUCUAAAGAGAAAAAAGACUCGUACUCAUCUUCGCUUACGGACAGCCUCUUUGAUGUGCCCUCCUGGGUGACAGGAGAGUGGUCUGAGUGCUCUAAGAGCUGUGGGUCUGGAUGGUCCAGGAGGACUGUUGAAUGCAGAGAUGGAGAAGGACUCCUCUCCAGCCAGUGCGACAAAAACCACCGGCCCACAGACAUCAGGCCCUGUGGGGACCUGCCAUGCCCAAUAUGGCAGAUGGGGCCUUGGUCUGCCUGCUCACAAACUUGCGGCCAAGGGGAGCGUCGGCGCAGCGUCCUGUGCAUAGACUAUACCGGAAAGACUGUUGAGCCAGAUAGAUGUGACCCAAACAAAAUCCCAGAGCCCAUCUCUGGAGAAUGCAGUAACCAUGACUGCUUAUGAAGACGGUUAACACUUCCUGAGUGCACAUGUCAGCUUGGACAGAUUAUUGAGUAAGUGUUCCGGGAACAGGUGUGGGAGCACAAAUAUGUUCACACUUGCUAGAUGAAAUAGUUUGCAUGAGUGUUUACACUCUGUUUCAGAACAGAUCUACAUUCACACCACAUCACCUGCAGCACCUAUACAACCGGGCCAACAAUGGUUUGGAGACCGAUGUGUGCCGACAGGUGUUUCUUAGUGUAAGAUGUCCUGGUUUUGCUAUUUAAAGGUCAAAGUUACUGGUCGUAAUACGCUACCCAUUCAACACUGGAGUUUUAGGUCCAGUGAUGACAUUCUUUGACUACUGUAACCUCCCAACUGUUUCACAAUUAACGUAAUUCCAGUACAUUCUGAAGCAGAGAAAAGCUGCCGUGUGCUGAUAUUGAACACUUUUCAAUUGUCAAGCAUUUACGCAAUCAACAUGAAUCAGCUGGAUUUGACAGUUAAACAUCAGCUUUGGACCGCCACACUUUGCCUAAGUAAUGGGUUGCAUAUCAGCAGUAUCAGAAUCAGCUGAUUUCUGUUAAUCGUAUUGAGUUAUGGGAUGUUAAAGAGCGUGUGCUAUUUAAUUGGUGUUAUAGGUUUAAACACAUCAUCUCUGUUACUUCAAAUAGCCUCAAAUGGCUA